CGCGCCCGCCCUUGCUAGCAGGCGCCUCCCGCCCCCCGCAUUGCUGAUGCUGCUGCUGGCCGACAUGGACGUGGUGAAUCAGCUGGUGGCUGGGGGUCAGUUCCGGGUGGUCAAGGAGCCCCUUGGCUUCGUGAAGGUGCUGCAAUGGGUCUUUGCCAUCUUCGCCUUUGCCACAUGCGGCAGUUACAGUGGGGAGCUCCAGCUGAGUGUGGACUGUGCCAACAAGAGCAAGAGUGACCUCAACAUCGAGGUCGAAUUCGAGUACCCCUUCAGGCUGCACCAAGUGUACUUUGAUGCACCCACCUGCCAAGGGGACCCUAACAAAAUCUUCUUGGUGGGGGACUACUCCUCAUCAGCUGAAUUCUUUGUCACCGUGGCCGUGUUUGCCUUCCUCUACUCAAUGGGGGCUCUGGCCACCUACAUCUUCCUGCAAAACAAGUACCGAGAGAACAACAAAGGGCCCAUGCUGGACUUUCUGGCCACAGCAGUGUUCGCCUUCAUGUGGCUGGUUAGCUCAUCGGCCUGGGCCAAGGGGCUGUCAGACGUGAAGAUGGCCACUGACCCAGAGAACAUUAUCAAGGGGAUGACUGUCUGCCACCAGGCGGGGAAUACAUGCAAGGAGCUGAGGGACCCUGUGACCUCUGGCCUCAACACCUCAGUGGUGUUUGGCUUCCUGAACCUGGUGCUCUGGGUCGGCAACCUGUGGUUCGUGUUCAAGGAGACAGGCUGGGCCGCCCCAUUCCUGCGAGCUCCUCCCGGCGCCCCUGAAAAGCAACCGGCGCCCGGGGACGCCUACGGCGAGGCAGGCUACGGGCAGGGCCCCGGCGGGUACGGGCCCCAGGACUCCUACGGGCCCCAGGGCGGCUAUCAGCCAGACUACGGGCAGCCCGCCGGUGGCGGCGGCGGCUACGGGCCUCAGGGCGACUAUGGGCAGCAAGGCUACGGCCCUCAGGGUGCGCCCACCUCCUUCUCCAAUCAGAUGUAGCCUGGUCAGUGCAGCCCGGGAGGACCCCAUGGUAGGCAAGAGCUCAGGAGAAGGCCUGCCCCCCCAACAUCCCACUCCUACACCCUGGUCUCCACCCCUCAAGCCAGGAGACCCUUAACUGUCUUUGCUGUUUAUAUAUAUAUAUAUUAUAUAUAAAUAUCUAUUUAUCUGUCUGAGCCCUGCCCCUACUCGACUCCCCUCAUGCAUUAGGGCCCAAUCUUGAAUGGACCCCUCUCUUACCCCUUCCCCUGCAUCCCUUGGCACCUCUCUGUUCCCUGGCCCUGUGCCCUGAGGUUGGGGGACUCUGAAAGGGGGUCAGGGAGGAGACAGAAGGCUGUGUGGGGAGGGUGGGUGUGACUUCAGACUCUCUCCCCUCUCUCUCUCUCCAUCCCAACUCUGGCCUCAAUUCCUCUAGCAAUGCCUGAACAGGGGCCACUAGGAAAAAUUCAACCCUGAGCAGGGGAGAAAGGCAGAGACCAGAGGAGCUUGGGACCCAAGGUGUUCUUGGAGAGAGCCUCUGGAGUAGAGGAGACUAGUAAGCAGGGAGGUUGGAUUCCAGACAUACUGGGUCUGGAGUCUCAAGAAGAGGGGUCGCCUUAGAGCAUUCUGGAGUGGGGCUUGGAAGGAGGCUGAGGGUAUGGUUCUAGGAGGGGUGGAGCUUUGAGUGAGGCAGCAGGUGGGCCAGGAGUGGGCAGGGGUUGGAGUAGAACAGGGUUCUAUGGAAGGGGUGUGACUUGAGACCUGGGAACUGGGUUUGGAAGAGUGCUGAGGGCUUGGCUGUAGGAGUGGGGUGGGGCUUGAACCAGGCAGCAGGUGAGGCUCCAGGGUGGGUAGGUCUUGGAUUGGGACCAGAAUCGAUGAAAGGGGUGUGGCUUGGAACAUUCAGGAGGCUGACUUUGAUUCUACAGGGGGCAGAUCUUGGGCAAGGCAAGAAGUGGGAUUCAGGAAUGGAUCAAACUUGAGGUGAGGUCGUGGUCUGGGUUCUAGAGGGUUCAGGGCUUAGAGUGGGGCGUGCAUGGUGUUUUCAAAAGGGGCAGCCCCGCCCCCGCAGUGGAGCAGUGAAGAAAGUAUGUUUUAGAGUAGGUAGGUUUGGCAGUGGGGAGGGCGGGGUGAGAAGCCUGGGGAAGGGUUUUGUUAGGGGUAGGGGGGAAUAUCCCUGGACAAGGCUGGGGACUGAGGUGGCCUGGGAAGAACUAAGAGGUAAGGCUUGAAGGGUAAGGGAUGGGAUCCAGAAAGAAGCACCCAGUAAAUGGGAUUUGCUGAAUCCCUUGCUCAUCCCCCGAUGGGACAGCUAGGCAAUCAGAGGACAGAGCCAAAGGGUCUGUGGGGCCGACCCACCCCUCUCCCCGCCUUCCCUUGCCUCUUCCCUCCCUCCGCACGCCCAUCCAUCCCGGGGUGGUUGGAGGCCCGGUCUGGAGCCCCUAUCCUGCACCCUCUGCUGUGUCUGUGACGUCGGUAGUGCCUGUGAUCGUGUGUUGCCAUUUUGUCUGGCUGUGGCCCCUCCCCUCUCCCCUCCAGACCCCCACCCUUUCCCGUGCCCUUCGGUAUUGUUUGAAGACUCCCUCCCCAAGGAAGAACAAAUAUGAUUAAUUCUCCUCCCCUAAAUAAACUCAACCACCUAGUCCACAGGGCUCUGA